UGGGUUGACUUGCAAAGAAGAAUGAAGCGAUCGGAUCGACUUGAAGCUGAGAGGGAAAAGAUAUUGAACGAUAUUGGAUUCGUCUGGAACGCACUGGAGAAAGGCUGGUAUUCUUCUUUCAACGACCUGGUUCUCUUCGCACAGAACUUUGGCCAUAGCCAUGUUCCUUCUGAUUUCUGCCAAAACAAUGCGAGUCUAGGGAGAUGGGUGAGGGAGCAGAGGAGGAGGAUGAAGAAGCAGCGGAUCUCAGAGAGCAAGAGCAAGUGGCUUCGAUCCAUCGGGUUUGUGAGCGAUCGUCUGUUGCAUAGAUGG